UUCCGGCUCCUGCACCGGCUCCGGCUCCGGCUCCUUUUCCAGCUCCCGCACCGGCUCCGGCUCCUUCUCCAGCUCCUUUUCCAGCUCCCGCACCGGCUCCGGCUCCUUCUCCAGCUCCACUUCCAGCUCCGGCUCCUGCCCCAGCUCCUGCAUCAGCUCCUUUCCCAGCUGCGGCUCCAGCUCUCGCCCCGGCUCCUUUUCCGGCUCCCUUUCCAGCUCCCGCAGCGGCUCCGGCUCCUUCUUCUCCAGCUCCCGCAGCGGCUCCGGCUCCUGCUCCAGCUCCUCUUCCAGCUCCAGCUGCGGCGUCUCCAUGUUGUACGCCGUCCGGCGCGGCCGCAGGCCCGGCGUCUAUCACACCUGGAAGGAGUGUAAAGACGAGGUGAACGGCUUCCCCGCCGCCCGCUUCAAGAAGUUCGCCACGGAGGAGGAGGCCUGGGCCUUUGUCCGCGGGCGGGACGGCCCCGCAGGCCAGAAGAGCGUCGGCGAGAGCGAGGCGGGGCCGGGCAGCCCGGCGGAGAAGAGGGGCCGGGAACCGUCCUCCCCUGACCGCGACGAGCCCCCGGCCAAACACCCCAAGCCCCAGCCCGGCCCGGAGCCUCUCGUCAGCAGAGACGAGUUCUCUUACGUGGGCGAGUCCGCCGUCGUGUACACCGACGGCUGCUGCUGGAGUAACGGGCGGAGACGGGCGCGGGCCGGCAUCGGCAUCUACUGGGGGCCCGGCCAUCCUCUAAAUGUCGGCGACAGGCUCCCCGGACGUCAGACGAAUCAAAGAGCGGAAAUCCACGCGGCCUGCAGGGCCAUCGAGCAGGCGAAGAAUCAGAACAUCGACAAACUGGUCCUCUACACGGACAGCAUGUUCACCAUAAACGGCAUCACCAGCUGGGUUAAGGGCUGGAAGGAAAACGGCUGGAAGACCAGCACCGGGAAGGACGUCAUCAACAAAGAAGACUUCAUCAAGCUAGACGAGCUUACGCGGGGAAUGGAUAUUCAGUGGGUGCACGUUCCCGGACACGCGGGAUUCGUCGGCAACGAAGAGGCCGACCGGCUGGCGAGAGAGGGGGCCCGGAAAGCGGAAGACUCGUCGUAGCGUCCCGCGGUCUCCCGGGAGAGCCCCGAGGCCCUCGGGACCCCGCGUGGGGAUGACGGCUCGCCCGCGGGACGGACCCCCGCGGCGGACCGGUGGAACCGCUCUUCCCUCCUCCGUCGGUCGGCCGUCAUUUGGAACGGUUGGUCCCGUCCCGUCCCGUCCCGUGUCCCGUCCCGUCCCCCCCCCCCCCGCUAGCCCGGAGAUAUCGGGCGGCGGCUGACCGGUGCGGAUCCCGGGACCCGAAGAAGGGAUUUCGAGCCCGUCGGAGCUCCGCGUGGUAGAUCCCCUUCCCGGCGAGCGGCACCGUUCGGCGGGGGAGCGCGAAGGAGGAGAUGCCUGUUCCGGUUUGCUCCCGAGGCAGAUCCUCCCUGCCCCGGCGGACGCCCUCGGGACCGUCGAAGUCGGCGGUUUCCCGUCGGGAGCGGGUUCGUCGCGAGAGCCGGAUGCGCGGGAUGCCGCGGGCGGGUGACGGAACUGAAAUCCGCCUUCUAGUAGGCGACGAGGGCGAGCGCGGCCGGCCGGAAGUGAAAAACCGAAACCGGGAACCGUCAUCCGGCUGGGUGAUGCAUCCCGGAGACUUCGCGACAGCUUGGCCCAGGCGGGCGGAGGUCGUGAAAGCCCUACCUGAGAUUCCUCUGGUCGGACGAAGGGACGCCCUCGUUAACGUCGCCGUUACGACCGGUUCCUCUUUUUCCUCUCCGGAUUUUGCCCCGGCUUUGCUCGAGCUGCUUCUAGGGGCUGGCCGGGAUCUCGCACCGAUCGGGCUCUCCUCCUCAUUCACCACCGGAAACUACCUUUGCAGUCUAAGAAACUCCGCUUUGCCUUUUAAAAAAAAAAAAUAAAAUAAAGUCAGAUUUCGUUUUAGCUUAA